AUGUUGGUAAAACAUUUUGAUGUGGAAGUCCAGCGGAGCAUGAUUAUUAAUAAUUUUACGUCGCCUGAUACGGUAGAGGAAUAUCUGAGACGUAUUGACGAAUUGUCUACUGUGGGGGGUUCGAAUAGGAACAUGAAUAAUGCGCAGGGUUAUAGUAAUCGAUCUGAAAAUAAUCGAACAAAUUCCGAGCGAGAGAUAUCGAGAGAUAAGUGGUCGACCGCUAGGGGAAAUAAUGAGGGACAUACCGUGCGUUCACUGGCUUGCAUGGGGGAUCCGGACAUCGAUCUUUUAAGCGACCCGGAGGAUAUAGUGCAGGAUGAUGAAAAGGUUUCGCCGACCAUAUCGAUACAUAUUUUUGGUACGUUGGUAGAAGUAUUGAUCGACAGCGGCUCAGAUAUAUGUGCAAUCUCGGAGAAAUUCUAUUCAGAGUUAAGCAAUCUCGGGAAGUUUCCAAUUUUACCGGUCAUACGAGGAGUGAUCUCUGUAGCAAUAGGCGGUAAAACGCAGAAGAUAAAGUCGCAAAUCUUAAUUCCAGUUCAAUUAGAUGGAAUAGAUAUGGAUGUGAACUGUUUGGUUAUACCACAACUCAAUUGCAAUUUGAUAUUUGGAUCAAAUUGGUUAUCCAAGCAUCAUGCACGUUUGGAUUAUCAAUAUUCACAGCUGAAGCUAAUGAUAGAAGGGGUUUCCAUAAAUACGAAGCUGUCAUUUCGGAUUGAUCCGCAGAAAAUAUCUAUAAACCUCUGCGAGAAAAAUGAUUAUGUGUUUGAUGUAGUCGAAAAUAAAGCUAGCAGGGUUACGCCACUGGUAGAGUACAGCGUUGAUGACGGUGAUUCCCGCAGUAAAGGCUACAGCGCGAAGGAUAUUCAGGCAGCAGCAGCGAAAACUACUUUGAGUGGGAGUGCUAAGGCUUCACUUUUAAGUAUUUUGGAAAAAUAUAGGAAUACAUUCUCUGAUACACCGGGACGCGUCGUCAACUAUUUUCAUCAAAUUGAGCUAGUGGAUGAAAAUGAAUUUAAUUUUGUGGCUUAUCCUGUUCCUAUGGUUUAUCGGGAUGAAGUUAGAAGGCAGAUGGGUGAAAUGUUAGCGGCCGGUGUUAUUCAAAAGGAAAGAACUUCCUACAUUUCGCCGUUAGUUUGCGUGAAGAAAAGGGAUGGGAAUAUUCGCGUGUGUUUGGACGCUCGGGGGCUGAACUCAAAGAUGAAGAAGGAUUUCGUGAAUCCUCCCAAUCCGUUUGAAUUAAUGGCCAAUUUUAAACAGGGGCAAAUUAUGAGCACAAUAGACUUGACGCAAGCAUAUUGGCAAAUUCCAGUAUUGCCGGAUCAUACCAAAUAUCUUGGGCGCGAUCAGUUGGAUGAUGAAUGGAUUAGGGAAAAGAUCAGGUUUUUAGAACUUAUCACUCGCUAUGUUAGGGUAUUCUCAGGACGCGAAUUUAAAAUUUACGAAUGGUACGUGCUGCACGAAGGACUUUUAUUUAAGAGGGGCGAUAGCCGCAAUAAGGGCUAUAAGCUCUGCGUACCUAAGGCUCAGGUCAAAGAGCUUAUCUUAGCGCAUCACCAGUCUAUGGGGCAUUUUGGUAAGGCAAAAACAUAUGCUUAUAUGAGACAUAGUUUUUAUUGGCCUCGCAUGCAACGGCACGUUAGGCAGGUAGUCGCGUCAUGCGACUUGUGCCAGAAGGCCAAACCUUCGCCAAUAUCCAAGGCGGAAUUGCAUCCCAUAUUGGUAGACGAACCUGGAAAAUUGGUUUGUAUAGAUCUGAUAGGGCCGUUAUCUGUAGGACGUGGGGGUGUGACGCAACUCUUCGUUCUUGUCGAUGCUUUCACUAAAUUCGUCAAGUUAUACGCCUUGCGUCGGGCUACUGAGAAAACGUUGCUCAAACGCUUAUUCGAUGACUACAUUCCGUCAGUACAGAAACCUGUGUCCAUUUGUCCGAUAAUGGAACUCAGUUCACGAGUCAUAUUUGGAGAAAGCAGUUAG